UGACCGGCCAUGAUUCCAAAAAUCACAAAAAAAAAAUGGCCGGACUUUUAUGCUUCGACAAAAAAUGGAGUCAUGUCGUUGUGCAAAAUUAAUUAAAAAUUUUCAAUAAAAUACCCUAAAUUAAGUGCAAAAAAAGUGUUAAAACUCAAGUUAAAGUCUAAAGCGAAAAGCUCAAACUGAUUUCCCACAAAAAUUGUGUAAUUUUGACGUAAAAUUUGCAUUUGAAAAAAGGCAAAGAAAAAAAUUUUCCUUCAUUCGCACAGACUCUGCAUACAAGCAAAAAAUUUUUUAUUCGUGUCCCGAAAUCGAAGCGUAGCUAGUUGUGGUAGUAAAGUAGAUGAAGAGUUGUUUGCUGGUGCUAAAGCUUAAAUCUUAAAUCCGCAAACGGUUCGUGUAAAUUUUCAUUAAUAUACAGAUAUAAAAAAAGAAAAGAAAAAAUCUAUUAAAAACCGUGGAAAUUUUUGUAAAAAUUGUGUAACUAUACAAAACAAAAAAAGAAAAGGAAAAGAAUGAUCUGCUGAAAAUUGUGUAUGUUAAUUGUGCAUUGAAAAUUGUAUAUUGACGACGAAACAAGAAAACAAUUAUAGAAAUUUUGUUGAAUUUUUUAAAGAUAAAACAACAAUUUAUAUGUUAGUGGUAUGUGCGUUGAAAUAUGAUCAUUUAAUGAUCUAAGCAAGAUUACAGGCAAAUUUUAGCCAGAAAAUAAAAAAAGAAAAAAAAAACUUAUUGAAUAAUUGCAUGUAUCCAUAAAUUUGUGUAUAUUAUUUGUCUGUAAAUCACUCGUCGUCAUUCCUUGCCUCCUUUUGAACGUCAUCGCCACCUCCAACCAACCAGGCUGCCAACCAGCCAGCCAGCCAAACCAACAAACAGUAUUGGUGCCACAGUUUUGUCGUCGUUAGUUUUUUUUAGAUACAUCGGCAGAAAUCACAGUUCUUCUGGAAAACAAUCAUAUAUAGAAGAAGCUAUAACAGAAACGUCGUUGGUUGCCACACCAUAAAUUUCUCUUAUCAUACUCUAUAGCUAUCCCUUUCUAUGCUAUAAGAAAGUUAUAUGUCAACAAGAAGAAGACAUCUAUACUAACAAACGUGGGUAGUGUGCAAAAAAAAGUAAAGAAAAAAAAACAAAAAAGAAAAACAAAUUGAAAAGAAAACAAAACAAAAAAAAGAAGAAAUACCACAAAAACCAACAACGAAUUAUAAAGUGAAGAAAGAAAUAUAGAAACAAAAACGACAAAUAAAAGAAAUUUUUUCAAAUAUAUAUAUAAAACAAAUAAAAGUUAAAUAAAUUAAAUCAAAUUAACCUUUCCAUUGAAAUAUUCUCUGUGUGUGUGUGUAGAUUUGUAAAAAAUAUUGCAUGUGGUUGUCAUCAUCGUCUUUUAUAAAUCACACUAUUUUGCUGAACAACGAAUGUAUGUAUUCAUUCGUAAUUGAUGUGGAGUUUUUUUAAUCACAAUUUACAGUGAUGAUCUAAAUGUAUUACACUCAACUAAAGUUGCAGCGGAGAGAAGGAGGUUUUUCUCAAUAUUUCUUAUUAUUUUAAGCUGCAACUAAAAAAAGAAGACCAAUUAACUAGAAUUGAGUUAAACAAGUAAUGAAUGAGAAAAUAAAAUCACCCUCAGGGCAGGGUGGUGCUGGAUCCGGUGCGGUUUCAGCAGCUGGUGGCACAACAACAGCUACAACGGCCAAUAGUGCAGGAGGAGGAGGAGGAGGUUCGGGAACGGGAGGCGGAGGUGGUGGUGGUAAUAAUAGCGGUGCGACGGGUGGCAAUUUACCGGGAGCACCCAAUACAUCAACAGCGGGGGGAGCAGGUAUAGGUGCUCCACCAACACCAAAUAAUGGCAAUGAUACAACGGCACAAAUGCCAACACAUCCUUAUGGACCACCUGGUGGUGGUGCUGCAGGUGAUCCAGUAAUGUCACACUAUCACAUGCAUCAGCAGCCACCACAUCCACAACAUAUGCCACCACAUCAACAACCAGGUGGACCAGGAGUACCACCACCACCGCCCUCAGGUGAACAUCCCGGCAAAGAGGGUGUUGAAUAUGGUCAAAGUCCCUUGGGUGGUCCACCACCACCACUACCUGGUGGUCAUCAUCCCAUGUAUGGACGUUAUCAUCAUACAGAUCCCAGCAUGGAUCCCUAUCGUUAUGGUCACUCGCCUAUGCAACAACCACCACCAGGUGGUAAACCUCAACAAUCUGCACCUGGUGGUGGUCCCGGUGGCAUUGGCUCACCGAGUCGGCCACCACCCCAAAGGUAUAUACCCGGUCAACCACCACAAGGUCCCACACCGACCCUAAAUUCAUUGUUGCAAUCAUCGCAUCCACCACCUCCUCCCCAACAUAGGUAUACGAACAGUUAUGAUCCCCAGCAACCGCCGCCACCACCACAACAACAGCCGCCACCUCAACAAUCACAAGCACCUACACAGCCGGGUGCUGGAGGACCACAGCCUCCAGGCGGUCCAACGCAAAGUGGUCCACCAGGACCACCUCAACAUGGUGGACCACCACCGCCACAUCAGUCGCCGUACGGUGGUCAACAGAGUGGUUGGGCACCACCACCCAGACCUUAUAGUCCACAGUUGGGACCUUCACAGCAGUAUAGAACACCACCACCGACAAAUACUUCCAGAGGUCAAUCCCCCUAUCCGCCAUCACAAGGUCAAAACUCAGGUUCCUAUCCAAGUUCGCCUCAGCAACCACAGCCGGGGCAACAACAGCAGCAACAACAACAGCAGCAACAAAGUAGUAGUGGUAGUGGUGGCGGUAGUGGAGGUGGUCCACCACCGCCGCCACAAUCUUCAAAUCAAGGCACAACACCAUCUCAAUAUUCACCGUAUCCACAAAGAUAUCCCACACCGCCUGGCCCAGCGACAGGACCAAAUCAUCGAACUGCCUAUACGACGCAUCAGUAUCCUGAACCAAAUCGGCCUUGGCCUGGUGGUUCAUCACCUGCUCCUAGUCCUGGCCCUGGUGGCCAUCCCCUGCCGCCAGCAUCACCUCAUCAUACACAGCAUGGUGGUCCACCACCUAGCAGUAGUCCGAGUCAUGCGCCCAGUCCAUCGCCUCAACCUUCGCAAGCCUCACCAUCACCUCAUCAGGUAAAAAUUUGUUCUUUUAAUGUUGAUUAUAACAAAACCGAAUUUCAAAAUGCUUUUCAACAAUUUGGUAUGUAAAACUUUAUUUAAUUUUAUAAAUACGACGAUUUUUUUUUGAAAUCUCGGGAGUCUUUUAAAAUAUAUAUUUUUGAAAGAAUAAUAUUUUCAAAUUUAACAUCAAAACGGCGUUCCCAUUAAAUUCAUGCGUAUUGGAACGAAACUUUUGUAUUGAACUGUUAUCAAUAUGAGGGUAAAAUAAUUCUCAGAUAUGAAUUUUCAAUAACAUUUCUUAAAUUGUCAAACUUUUUUCAGAUCUCGUAAUAACGAUUACUUUACAUUCGAUCUGGCAACUCUUAAUAAUUGGAGUUAAAAAUAAAAAAAUUCUACAGAAUUUAUCUAUAAAUCAUGAUCAAGAUCUGUUAAUAUCUUGAGUAUUUCUCGAAAAUAACUGCUUUUUAUCGGAAACACAUUAAAUUUCCAAUAAAACUCGCAAAAUUCAAAUAAAAUUGCACAUCUGGCAGCACACGUCUCUACUGUCUUAAAAUUAAAGUGAUGCCACUCUUUCUACUUGUAUCAUUUUUUUAAGUGUAUUUUACUUUACAGCACAGAACGUUAGUUAGUUCGUCGUUCGGUUCUUUUUUUUUUUUAAUUUUUUCAUUUUAUAUGAUUCUCUGUUGGGAAUACGUA